AUGCCGAAGAUCAAGGAACAGUGCCUGGAAGUCCGCCUGGGUGGACACGUAGCCCAGUUUGUGAAAAUGGCAUGCACGGACUUUCUAAGCUGGAACAUGGCCGACAUAGACGACAUGGACUGGACCACUCGGCCCAUGGAAUUAGUUUAUGAUCCCGUCACCAACUCGCGCGUCGUUACACCCAACAGUGUGUUACAUAUUGACGGUGAAUCCAUGUACAUAUCGACGCAUAAAUUAGCCACAUAUGAAGGCGUGCCGAUCAUCACGGACUUCCGGACCAUGGACCGAAUCUUCGGGCCGGGGUUUUACAUGUACAAGAUCGUAUCACACGUUAAUCCAACGGAAUGGGAGAAAGUCGUAGCUCCCAUGGGACUACAUCUCGUGACGCAUGUCGAUUAUUCCCCGGUUAUUGUACAGAUGCGACAACUGGGAUAUAAGAUCCAGAUCAUCGCCGGAUCCUGGGGAUGGCGAACUAUAGAUUGUUUGGAUGUGGUACCCCUCCACAGUUUCAUCGACUUGAACCAAAAAAUCGUGGAUAAUCACAAUAUCCCCAUGUAUUGUAAUUUUUUUGGGAUCUUCCAAGAGAUCGAAUCCGGUGACACCUAUCGCUUACCUUCAGGUUAUGACGCACGGAUGCAACCCAGUCAAGUCGACAAUCUCGAAAUGAUCAACGGUGACGCCGUUGUGGGCGUUAACACGACCAGUGAUCGGGCCUUUGUUGCCAUUACAGCGACCGUCAAGUCGCUGACACGGUUCGCUAUGUUGGAACAAUUGCAGACCCUGGUCCUGGGAGGCGCCACGUUGCUGCAUAUUUUUUUUGGACGGUAUUUACUUUUCCAACCUCAACACCACGCCUAUACAUUGGCCGUUCUGGAUCAAGACUAG